AUGCUUUCAGGUAGGUAUCCCAUCCUCGUUCACCCUCGCCUUAGCAGAAAACAGCGGUUAUGGGGGUUUGAAGUCCUGGCCCCAGAAAAGCACUUGCGCAUGGUUCUGCGGGUUGGGUUUGUUGAUGAUCCGAGCUGGGCUGAUGACCAUAUAAGACGCAGACGUGGAGGUGCUCGAAGCUGCCGCCCAAGAUGGCUCGAUGGACUAAUUGUCCACACUGAAUUUCCAACGCCUAGGGUCCGUUCCGGUUCCUUUGAAACCAUCACAACCGUGCCCAUCCAGUCAACGUACGCGUCGCAAGACACUAGCUCGCAGGCAAACAGCAAUAAAGAAAAUGCGCCCCCAUCGCAAUUCCAGACACCGCCCCCUCGUCCACCGGUUCCUACUUUCUCCUCUCCGUCCUCGAGCACGCGGAUACUUGAUUCCCAGUCGCAAUCCAGCCCGAUUGAAAAUGGGCUACCCCCACCUUUACAGCAUUUACUCACGUCGAUUGAAUCUACUCUGAGGCACGGUUUCUCAUCGAAACCGCCCCAUACAAUCCAACGUCUUGCAGAGCUCAUUUUGCGGCCGGCGGGACAUUACCGAACGGUUCCUGCCUACUUACGGGCUGUGGAUAGAGUAGUGUCGGUAUCAAGCGGUGCCGAUAUAUUUCCCCUCCCGCUUGCUGUGCCUCCUAGUAUUGUUGAUGGCUCGUUUACAAACGGAGUUAACGGCACGACCGGUUUCUCCUUAUUCAAUGACGCUUCCCUGGGGAGUGACGAAUCCCUUGGUGGAGCACUGCUUACUCCUAUCCCAUGGUUGAGUAAUCCGGCCUCACCCCCGGGCGGUGAGGAUAUUGCUACUCAACCUGAAGUGAAUGGUGACCCGUCAACGGCCGGGAUUUCGUCUCAAAGCGAAAGCGAUGCUCAAGACCAGAACUUGGAAACAAAUCCACCCAGUACGACAGAUGCACACUCUGAAGAUGAAGAUAUCCCGCAUGCCCGCGGUCCAGCCAUAAUAGGCGUGGAGGACAUGGGAUUACAAAAUGGAAAGGACGUUCAAAUGACUCUUUCGGCAAGUGAAACAAACGGUACAACAACUCAAGAACCCCAACCCGAUAAAAACGUAGAUACAUCUGCUGGUCUCGAUAAGGAUGGAGAUGGAGACAUUGUUAUCGACGACGUACCAGCAGGCCCGGCCAUCCAAAUUGAUACCCCAACGGAUGAUGAAGCAACUAACGUUGAACCUCAAGCAGCCAGCGGUGUCGCAAAUGAUGUCACUAAAGUGGCGAAUGACAUUUCCGUUAAAUGA